UUCUACAGAAGAACGUUGUCCAAAGUGUACAAAUCCACGUGCAUAUUUCAUGCAAAUACAGACAAGAUCAGCUGAUGAGCCUAUGACAACAUUCUAUAAAUGUUGUAAUUCACAAUGUGGUCACAAUUGGCGCGAUUAAAGUUAUAUCUGAACAUUAAUCAGCAAAGAACAAUCAUGAAUCCAAAAACAAUGGGUCCUAUGAAAGUACUCUUAAAUGCAGCAAUGGAGCAAAUAAACUUAUUGGGCCCAGAAGAAAAGCAUUGGUUUAUCGGAGGUGAAAGAAGCAUUGCAAUAGCCGUAGAAUUAUUAAAUAAAGGAGAAAUCAUUGCUAUACCAACAGACACGAUCUAUGGACUUGCUGGUAGCAUAAAAAAUGACAAAGCUAUAAAAAGAUUGUAUGAAAUUAAAAAAAGAGAUCAACACAAGCCAUUAGCUAUUUGCGUUGAUAAUGUAAAUAACAUUCACCAAUGGGGAAUUGUAGAUGAAUUACCACCUCUUCUAAAAGAGACUUUAUUGCCAGGACCAUUUACUAUUGUAUUAAAACGAACAAAAGAAUUGAAUCCAUCUUUAAAUCCUGGGAUUGAUAAUGUUGGCAUCAGAGUACCUAAUUAUAAGUUUAUCAGAUCUGUUGCUAAAUUAGCAGGACCAUUAGCACUUACGAGCGCUAAUGAAAGCAAUAAACCAAGCAGUGUGCAUCCUAAUGAAUUUUCCGAAUUAUGGCCAGAAUUAGCAGGAAUUUUUUACCAGCAAGCAGAAAAUAAAAAAUACGUUAGUCAAUUACAAAGAACAGGUUCUACAGUAAUAGAUUUAUCGCAAGCUGGUCAGUAUAAUAUAUUGCGUAAAGGUGUCAAGCUAAAACACUGUAUUAAAAUAUUACAUAAUUAUGGAUUAAAACCAUGUAACGAUUGAUAAUAAACUUAUAUAAAUUUAAUAAAAUAUUCAAUUUUCAUGUA